CAGCCCUGGAAGGGAGUCAGUGAGGCUGCAGAAGGGAGGCUGGGACCUUGCAGCAACUGAAGGCAGGUCCUUGGUGGCCGGAUUACUCUGAUCCUCUCUGUCCCCAGGAGAUCGGGGUGCAGCCUCCACAAUGCGUGUGGUCGUGAUUGGGGCAGGAGUGAUUGGACUGUCUACCGCCCUGUGCAUCCAUGAACAUUACCACCGCACCCUGCGGCCCCUGUCCAUCGAGGUGUAUGCCGACCGCUUCACACCACUCACAACUAGUGAUGGGGCUGCUGGCCUCUGGCAGCCCUACCUCUCAGAGAACCUGCAGGAGAAGGCUUGGAACCAAAAGACCUUUGACUACCUACUGGGCUACCUCAGCUCUCCAGAAGCCAAGAAAAUGGGCCUAUUCCUUAUCUCAGGCUAUAACCUCUUCUCCAAAGCAGUCCCGGAUCCCUCCUGGAAGCACACAGUUCUGGGGUUUCGGAAACUGACACCCCGAGAGCUUGAGCUGUUUCCUGGUUAUAGCUAUGGUUGGUUCAACACUGCAUUGAUCUUGGAGGGCAAGAGCUACCUGCCCUGGCUUACCCGGAGGUUAACCCAACGGGGAGUUAAAUUCUCCCUGAGAAAAGUCCGGUCCUUUGAGGAGGUGGCAAGAGAAGGGGCAGACGUCAUCAUCAACUGCACUGGGGUGUGGGCUGGGGAGCUGCAAGCCGACCCUUUGCUGCAACCUGGACGGGGACAGGUCCUCAAGGUUUUUGCCCCUUGGGUGAAGCACUUUAUCAUCACUCAUCAUCCAGAUGCUGGGAUCUACAGGAAUCCAUACAUCAUCCCAGGGAGCCAGACAGUGACCCUGGGCGGCAUCUUUCAGUUGGGGAACUGGAAUGAGAAGAAUGAUCCCCAGGACCACAGGACCAUCUGGGAAGGCUGCUGCAGCCUGGAGCCCACACUUCAGGAUGCAGAUAUCUUGAGUACAUGGAGUGGUUUCCGGCCAGUCCGAUCCCAAGUCCGGCUGGAGAGAGAGAAGCUAUCUCGUGGGUCCUUCAAUGUAGAGAUCAUUCACAACUACGGCCACUCUGGUUUUGGGCUCACCAUCCACUGGGGCUGUGCCCUGGAGGCUGCCAGACUCUUUGGGCAAAUCCUAGAAGAAAGGAAGCUGCCCAAUAUUCCUCCGUCCCACCUCUGAAAGCGCCUGGACCUCAGCCAGCAAAGUAGAUUCUUCUCCAUCAUUCCCACCCCCUCCCCUUGACUCAAUGUAUCACCUGUGGCUUCAGACGAUC